AUAUUUGUAGUUCGCACUACAGAGGUUAACACUUGGCAUAAAACUUUAGAUGUUCUGCAGUCCGCGAGAACACCUCGGCUGAGUUGGACAUCUGUUACCGAAACACAGACACAGAAAUGGAAACCGUACCUUAUCAUCCUCUCAUCGAGAUAUCACAGGAGCAACUAAAACAGGCCCGCGAGUUCUACGGAGUUGGGAACGCAAAGAGGAUACAAGAGAGCCUAGACCAAGUCGAAGAAUGGUGCAAAAAGCAAGACCAUUUAGUAGAUGCUCUACCGUUUUUAAGUAGAAUAAUUCUUGAAAGAUUGUUCAUAAUGGCGAAAGGUUCAAUAGAAGGUACAAAGAUUAAAAUAGACAAAUUCUGCACCACCAGAGCAAUGAUGCCAGAGAUAUGCCUCAACAAGACCUUAGAAGAAUUCGAUCAACUUAGCAAAUCAGUGUCCUACGUGCCGCUGCCAAAGUUAAACCCUGCUGACAACUCAAGAGUGAUGGUAACGCAGCUGACAUCGGAAAAUUUCGAUAAUAUCUCUCUACUGUCGUACAUAAGAUAUUGUUAUUUCAUCGGAGAAUACAGACUGAAUUUUGACUACAGCAUUUCAGAACGAUACAUCGUCGACCUAAAACAUGCUAACUCGAGCCUACUCACAAAAUUGAACCCGAUUAUUUUGAAGAAGGGAGAAAUUUUAUGCACGGAAGGGUAUGGAACAAAAAUCGCUGGCAUUCACAUAUUGAACGCCCCGUCUUUCGUUGACAAGUUCGUGUUUAUACUGAAACAAGGACUCAAAGAGAAGGUGGCAAGCCGACUUCAUGUGCACAACUCGUAUGAGGACCUCCAAAAACAUAUAUCCAAGGAAAUUUUGCCAAAAGACUAUGAUGGUCUAGCGCCACCGAUGUCCGAAUUAAGAGAGCAAUGGCAAGAGACGUUGAAAUCAGAGGAAACGCGACGGCUGGUACAGAACGCUGAGAGAUUAGUCAGCAACGAGUCCAAACGCAGCGUCGCUAAGUUCAACGAGGAGUACUUGGGGAUGCCCGGCUCGUUUAGAAAACUAAACGUCGAUUAGUUGUAACUUGUAAAUAAACUUGGUUUAACACU